AGGAAACCCGGAAAACUUCAAAGGGGUAACUUAUUGUUAUGGUUUUAGUGUGAUCACGUGGUUAUGACCGUGCACACGCUUUCAAGAUGGCGGCUGUCUUUCGAGAAGCGUGACUUUAUCAAGGACAAAUUUUAAAGUAUUUUAUGCUUCAAACGUAGUUUAAUCAAGAAUUUCCAAGAGAUAUGUAGUUUGACUAUUUAUAAAUCAUCAUGCCGGGAGAUAACUGUUCGGUUUUUGGUUGUGGAACCUCAAGAAGGACGAAAGGUGUUGGUAUCUGGAAACUGCCUGCACCGAAAGACGAGGGCCAUCGUAAAUGGAGAGAUGCUUGGCUCAGCGAGAUUACCAAGACAAGAACAGUUGAUGCAGUAUUCCGAAAAAAGAUCCAAAACGAUACUAUAUACACCUGCGAAAAGCACUUUCACCCUCAAGAUGUUGAAAUAUUUCAAUCCGAAAAGAUGAUCAAGAAAAAACCACGAUUUGGAGCGCUGCCAUUAUUAAACAUGCCGAAGCGAAGCCACGAAACGAAUAAACCUGUACCUCGACCUGCUCGAAGCGUGGUAACUACAGAAAGCGCGAAACCUGUGAAAUCAGCUUUUUAUAAAACCUUUGGCGAUUUGUGCAAGAGAGUACCAAGUUUAAAGAGCCUCAACGAGUGGAAUAUUCAGACAUCCAAGGAUAGACUGGUCAUUACAAAGAUGAAAGACAACCUUCUUCUCCCAGAAAAGGAACUUAUUGUUGACGACAGCCUGGGGUUCACAAUCAAGGUAUUUGGGUGCUUUCUUCCAGAAACUCACGAUAUUUACAUCAAGCAUCUAAGAUCGCUGAAUGUCCCAGUCAGUAACAUUGUGAAGGAAAUGGACAGCUACUCUCUUUGUGCUGGAAUAGGAAGCCCUUGUAGUGGAAGUCAGAUGUCAAGUAUUCCAGUUCACCAUGUGAUACCUAUACAAGUAGACCCUUUAGCAAUGGACAAUCAUCAGAUGUUUCCACACGAAGAAUAUUGGAGAUCUAAUGAGUGUUUAUUGAUGUGUAAAGAAACAGAAAGAUGCAACCAAUGUGAAAGUUAUCUUUCUUCAUACCAGAAGCAAAAAGAAAUCAAGACAAGAAGACUAUCUGUACCUGCAAAGCUCAAUGCCCCUGUAAGUAAAACAGCACCAGAGAGAUUAAAAUUAUCUCUUCAACAGCAGCGAUUGAAAUGUGCAGAGCUGGAGCAAGAACUGAACAGUAUGAGGAAAGAAAUCUCUAAGUCCAGCAUUGAAAUAGAUCAUGCUUUAAGUAAUGACUUCACCACAAUUCUUGGACAAUCCAGUGAUAAAAUGACACCAUUCAUGAGAUUAUUUUGGCAACAGCAGCAAAAACUGUUUUCUAGUAGCCCAUCUGGUGUGAGAUAUCACCCCAUGUUGAUUCGGUUUUGCCUAUCACUUGCUGCCAAGUCUCCAUCUUGCUAUGAGGAAUUGCGCAACAGCAAAGUACUUGUUCUUCCAAGCCAACGCAGACUAAGAGACUACAGAAACUGUAUUAAGCCAGAAAGGGGCUUCCAGGAAGAAGUGGUAAAGGAACUAAUAAGUAUGACUUCAUCAUAUUUUGAUGUUCAAAGAUACGUAGUACUCAUGUUUGAUGAGAUGAAGGUGAUGGCCAACCUGGUUUUCGACAAAGUUUCUGGAGACCUUAUUGGAUACACAGAUCUUGGUGAUCCAGAUGUUAACUUUGCCACCCUGGAAAAGGUUGACCAGAUUGCAACUCAUGCUUUGGCCUUCUUGGUACGAGGUGUCUGUACAGAGCUAAAGUUCUGCCUUGCACAUUUUUCAACCUCUGGUGUGACAGCUGUGCAGUUGAUGCCUCUCUUCUGGGAUGCUGUUUUCAUAUUAGAGACUACCUGCAAUUUGUGGGUGAUUGCAGCAGCAUCUGAUGGGGCAUCUCCUAACAGAAGAUUUUAUCGCCUGCAUGAACCAUUGGAUGGGGAUGCAGGUAAAGAUGUGUGUUAUCGCACUAUUAAUUUAUUUGCUCCCCAUCGGUUUGUGUACUUCUUUUCAGAUCGAAGUAAUCCAAUUGACGAUUUUAUGGAUCAGUAUUUGCAAGCCCUUACCUACGGAAAGGUCGUUUUGGUAGUUAGAGACCUCAACUGUGAUCUGCUUACGAGCUCCUAUGAAUCGAGAGCGCUAAAUGUCUUGUGUAGCAGCUUAAAUAUGAAGCAACUUAUAACAGGACCUACAAGAGUAACUACAAUAUCCGAGAUUCUGAUUGAUGUCACCAUGACUUCCCUUGUUACCGAUUGUGGUGUGGUUGAAACACACAUUACUGAUCCUUUUCUGGUAUGCGUGGUGUUGAAUCUCAAGGCGCCGAAACCACUGCCUACUUAUGUUAUAUCUAGAAGCCAGUGUAAGAACUACGACUCUGAAAACUUUGUGAAUGACCUCGCCCGAGUCUAA